AUGAAUAACUAUUUAGUCAAUCAAAUAGUAAGUACAGAUAGUAGCAAAUCAUCACUGGAUGUAAUCACCAGUUCGGGUGUAGUGCGGGGACAGACACUUCAUAUACUUAACAAAAAUGUCAACCAAUAUCUGAAUAUACCGUUUGCCGAACCACCGGUCGGUAGGUUAAGGUUUGCCAAACCUGAGCCAUUAAAAGUACCUAAAACUGAUAUUAUUGACGGCACAAAACUAGGCAAUAGUUGCAUACAAAGCACAGAACCAGGAUUUGAGGAAAUAUUUGGUGGACUUGCGCUUAAUGAGGACUGUUUGGUGCUUAACGUGUGGUCACCAAAUGGUAAUAAUGCUAAUACCGGUGAUAAUAACCAGCUUAAGCCGGUAAUGUUUUGGAUAUAUGGCGGCGGACUAUCAAUGGGAUCCAUAUUUCAAAACAUUUAUAACGCGUCAGCAUUGGCCGCCAGCGGUGAUGUGGUAAUAGUUGCGGCUAACUAUCGUCUCGGAACACUUGACUUUCUAUACGGUGCCGAUAAUAGUGCACCGGGAAAUGUAGGACUAUAUGACCAACUGUUGGCACUCAAAUGGGUCAGAGAUAACGUUCAUGCAUUUGGCGGAGACAGGGAUCAGAUUACUAUAUUUGGCGAAUCAGCCGGCAGUUGGUCCGUAUCGGCGCACAUAUUGUCGCCGCUAUCUAGAGGUCUAUUUCGUAGAGCUAUUAUGCAUAGCGGCUCAGUUAUGUUCAAAAAGGAUCGGCCUAUUAUCGAUACAGUAGAAGCAUUGGAAAAAGCUAAACACAGGACCAGUCAAUUAGGAUGCGAUCCAUACGGCUAUCAUUUGUUGGACUGUUUGAGAAAUAUUACUGAUCCAACUGUAUUCAUGAAUCCGUCUACCAAUGAUAUGACCGUUUCUUUAGUUUAUCCCGUAAUUGGUACUGAAUUUUUGCCACAAUUACCACAAAAAGCAUUUGAACUGGGUCAGGUUAAUACAGAUAUUGAUCUAAUGGCCGGUACGACAACACACGAGGGUUUAGCAAUGGCAUUGAUGUGGUUCCCCGAAACUAUUACCGGCAAACAGUUUACUGAGGAUUUAUUUGGUACUAUUGUUGAUAAAUUUAAUCAAAUGUUUCAUAACUUGGAUAAGGAUAGCCUAAUUAAACACUAUCUGAGCAAUAUUACUAAUGACAACGACAAUGUAGUACAGGCCAUGCGUAUAGCACUGGGCGAUUUGUUUGGCGAUAUACUUAUGGCACUGGCACUCGAUGCCAGUAUUAUACAUCAUGGAUGUGAUAUUGAAUUUAUAUUUGGCAUACCUCUACUUAAACCGAUAGGUUAUAGCGAACUGGACUAUGAUUUUAGUCUACAUGUAAUGCAAUUGAUUACUAAUUUUGCUAAAUAUGGUAAACCAGACAAUGAAUGGCCACAAUUGUUGGACAACAGUAUAGAUAAUGCAAUCAAAGUACGUGUACUGACACGUGUUGUUGAAAAUCCAUUUGCCAGCACGUGUGACGGUGUUUGGAAUAAUUAUUUUUAA